AUGCCACGAAGGCCGAAAACUAACACGAAGGGACAGGUCUUCCACACAACGCCGCACACCUUCGCCCUCGUGAACCUCAAGCCGCUCCUCCCCGGGCACAUUCUGAUCUGCCCGCUCCACCAACCUCAAACCGCCAAUAGCCCUCGACAGCCACCACCCUCCCGCCUAACCCAGCUCAGCCCAACCCAAACAAGCGACCUCUUCCACACCGUGCGCCGCCUCACCCCCACCCUGACCCGGCUCUACUCCGCCCACGCCUUCAACAUCGCGAUCCAAGACGGCGCGGCCGCAGGCCAGUCCGUGCCGCAUCUGCACGUGCAUGUCAUACCGAGGAGGGAGGGGGAUAUGGAUGCGCGGGGCGGAGGGGAUCGGGUGUACGAGGUGCUGGAGAAGGGCGAGGAGGGGGAUAUCGGUGCGCAUUUCCGAGCGCGAGACGGGAUGGAAGGGGAAGAUGGUGGGGCAAGAAGGGAGAAAAGGUUCGCCGCAGAUUCAGAGCGCAAGCCGAGGAGCGAGGAGGAGAUGCGCGGAGAAGCGGAGUGGUUGAGAGAGGAGCUGGAGAGGGACGGGAUUUACAGCACUCCUGCGGCAAUAACAUCAGGGACAUAG